AUGCGUUCAAGUUUUAGCCUGUUAAAAGUUAAUAUCAGAAACACUAAGCAAUGUCUUCAUGAAAUUAUCAUUGGUCGUAAAAAAUUGCUGACAAUUUUAUCAAAGGAAAGAGUGGAGUUUGAUAAAUUAGCCGGUGAUGUCCAAAUUUGUAAGAUUACUGGUGGAGUCGCCGGUACUGUUGGAACUGGAUUGGUUAUUGGUGGAUUUGUUGCAGCUUUCUUUACAUUUGGCAUAUCCCUAAUAGUUUCAGGCGUCGGUGCUGGGAUUGGAGCUUCUGGCGCUAUAGUAGCAUCUGGUGCCUCAAUUGCUGAUUCCGUUAUUAGUAAAAAGAAGCGAAAACUCAUAAAUGAUUUUCUAGAAGAGGAUGCAAAACUUAUAAAAAGAUUUGAGAGUCUCUGUGAAGAUUUGAAGAUUUCACUUUAUGUUUUAAAUAUUGCCAAAACCGUGGCACUGACAGUUAAAACGAUAGUCACAAAUGCGAUCCGCUUUGCAAGAGUUGCCGACGUAGCUGUUGAUGCAAGUCGCACAGCCUUUGGAGUGCUUCGUGGAACUGCCAAAGGUUUUGCUAUUGCUGGGGUCGUGUUUUCAGUCAUAUCUCUUCCGUUUGAUAUUCAUAUGGUUGUGACUAAUUCUAUUGCCAAACACAAGGGAGACAAGCAUAAAAUAUCUGAGGAAUUGCAAACUUUUGAAGAAAAUAUUCAAGAAGAAUUGGUUUCUAUGGAAGACAUGAUGGCUGAAUUUGAAAUUGCCGAGAGAAAAAUUAAUGUAUUAUAAAUUGAGCUUUUAGUAGACCAUUUGGUUUAUACUUUAUUUUUGUCAAAAAACGUCAUUUAUUAUCUAAAACGACUAAUUUAAUCUUAAUUUUGUCCACCUGUAGGCUACAUGAAAAGUUUAGAUAAUUGAGACAUAUUAAUUACAGCCUUUCUGGCAUCCAUUCGCUUGGAAUAAUUUUUAAUCAACACAUAGGUCGAGAUAAUACCUUCAGAUUUUUCAACCCAGUUUCCCCGUCCGUGAUAUAUGUGACAGGGUCUGAUAUAUAUAUGUUCCGAUUGAACAGUUAAACCGAGGUCGCGUCUGCUGUAUAAGCUUACGUUAAAGAAAUACGAUAUAUACCUCUUAUAAACAUUAAAGUCUCAAACUUCGCCAAUAUGAGCAUAUAUUCAUCAUUUUGACUUUCCAAGUGACAUGACUAAACAAUACAAUCUCUAUCUAAUUAAACUGAGCAAUUAUUAAAAAAAACGCGUGUUUCAAAAUAAGUUAGUUUAAUGGAUUAUUACUUAGUUUUAUGGAACUGGGACUCUAAGUCCACUGAUGAACAAAGACUUAUUUUGGUUUAAUUUUUUGGUCAUCCUAAGAGGUUGUAUACCUUUAAAGAUCCUCGACAGGUGGCAAUCAAAAAAGAGCAGGAUAAUGCGGCUGUCCUGGCAAAAUUUCCCCCAUUGUCUCUUCAUGGUGUUGUCCGUUUCCAUUAGCUCAAAAAACAGAAAAGUAGGACGUUGAUUCCAUUUCAUUUCAGUUUUAGAAUAAUGCAUUUUUACGCCGACUAUUCUACAUAUUUUGAUAUGACCUGAAUUUAUGUAGUUAUAAAAUUUUCAGACAUUAACUUGGUUAUUGCCCUUAACAUAACAAAAUCCCAAUAAGCAUAGUAGCUUUAUAUUGUUUCGGUUUAUUAUCAUAGUCUAUGUAAAAUUUUAUGUUAACCAUUUUAGAUUGUUUCUUUGAUUUAGCUUAUUUAAAUUAGCAUUACAACACAUAUAGUUGAAUUUGUAGUAAAAUGGUAUGUGUAACUCUUCAAUUACCAAACCAUGUAUUAAAAAAAUCAUUUGCAUGCAUGUAA